AUGAAUCAAACCGCGAACAGCAUGGAGCUGAAGGCGGAACGGCGCGAAACCGGCGAGGCAGAAGCAAAGGAGGAGGAGGACGACGACGGUCAGCCUUCGUCGAGCGCCAACGAUGGUGGUGGCACCUCGGACCAGGAGAUAGUGGUCGGUAUCGACGAGGAUCACAUCAAGUUUCUCACCAGCAUGCACGACGAGGAGCCAUCCAACGGGCACCAUAAUCCCGCGAUGGAGCGCCGUUUCGGUGGCCCGGUGGCUGUGAAUGGUGGUGGGGCCGGGACUGCGGGCAAACUCGCCCACCGCAAACAACAGCAACAUCACCACAGAGCAUCGCAUCUCGCGUUUAGCGAGGAAUCGGAUGACGAUGAUGGUGAUGCGAGCGACGACGAUGACGAUGACGACAAAGAUGACUCGUUUGAUGAUGAUGAUGAUGGGGACGAGGACGUGAUGGCGGCGGCUGAAUCGAUCCUCUCGAAAACUGCCCAGCGAUCGUCGGAUUACACUCGCCGGUACCGGUGCGACCUGUGUCCAAGGGCCUUCCACCGUCCGGACUUUCUGCAGUACCAUAUGCGGACGCACGAGAAGAGCAAUUCGUUCGAGUGUAAGCUUUGCUUCAGCAUCUUCGCGUCGGAUCCGGCGUUCGCCCACCACAUCCGCACCGAGCACGCUGGGAUGGGGUUGGCCGACGCACUGCCGCCGGUACCUGAGUCCGAAGCUCACUUUGCCGUUUGCACGUACUGUGACAAAACGUUCGCCGAUGGCGAUCAGCUGGAGGAUCACCUCCAUCAGCAGCAUCUUGGGGUGCGACCGUUCAAGUGCAACAUGUGCCCGAAAGCCUUUAUCCGGAUGGAUUUUCUGCAGUGCCAUUACGCCAAGUAUCACAACUUUCAUCGGUUCGGUGCGAUCGGCGGAGGAGGAAACGGGGGAAUGGGUGGUGACGGAGGAGGACUGUACUCCGCCACGUUCGAUCCGAUCGAAAGUGUUGUGCAGCGCGCAGCGAUGACGAUGGGAGGCCACGCUGCUGGGGGCCUUGGUGGCGGUCACGGCGGAGUACACGGCGGUGACCGAGGGGGAUCCAUCCAGGCGGCCAUCCAGGCGGCCAUCCAGCCACGAUUGUCAGUAAGAAAGAUGGAAGAUUUGCUCGGCGGGCACGGUGACAUGGCCGAAGGGCGACGUUUGAUGAUAGCGAUGCCCAGCGCUAAUUAUUCACGCCGAACGUCACACACGGGCACCACGCUCGGUAGCAGUUCGAGUGAGGAGCACGAGGAUGACGAUGACGACGAAUUGAUGGUGUUGGGCGAUGAUGUCCCAAUGGGCGCGGUGGGUAACGAUCACCGGAAACGGAAAGCCGGCACAACGCUAACCAAUGGUGGCAAAGCGCGUCCAGCGAAAAAGAAAGCAACGGUAGGACUGGCAGCCAAGGCUGGGGUGCCAGUAGCGGUCCUUCCCCAGGAGGAAGUGGGUCAGUUUCGGUGCCCAGUUUGUGAGCGACGCUUUGUCCGCGAGCCGGAACUCAUGGCCCAUGUGCGCAUUCACCCGGAUCUACCCACUUACAAGUGUCCGUUGUGUGAAUUAACCUUUAUUGGAUCGGACUACCUGAAGGGUCACCUGAAGAAGCACGUCGUUGGUGACGGUGAAGAUCCGGACGCGCCUGGUGCGAUCGACAUGAAAACAUUUAACGAAUCAACUGCUACAACGGACAUUUCAUCGCCUCCGUCUUCCGCACUCACCGUAAACCGUCCAUCUUCUACCGUAUCUACGUCAGGUGGUAAGCUGCCAUCGAAACACCCAUCGAAACCACCGUCCACUGGCAUCUCUCUGUUGAAACCGAUCGAAGAGCGGAAACCACCCGACAACCAGCAGCAUCAUCAGCAACCACACGAGUACUGCAUCAAAACGGCCGACGGCAAGUUUAUGUGCACUGUGUGCGAGCGGCUCUUUUCCCACCAACAAACGGUGCGCAUCCACUUUCGCAUUCACACCAACGAAAAGCCGUACAAGUGUACGUUCUGUGGCGAAUCCUACAUACGGUCGGACUAUCUCGAGCGCCACUUGAAGGUACACUUUAAGGACGGCGCACUUCCGGCUGCAGCGAUCGCCAGUAUGGCAGCCGCCGCUGCUCGGGAUGUUGCGGCGGCCGUCGCGAACGGACGAACGGCGCCACAGCCAACAGCAGCAACCCCACCGCCAGCGCUGGUUGCGCCGAAGGAAGAAUUCAUUCCUGAAAGCACGACGAUCACCGGUAAGAAAACUCCCACCCCGAGCGCAGCUCCGACGACAUCGACACCGAAGCCCCUGAUUGGCAGGGCCGGCUUGGCGCCGGAAAACUAUCACUUUGCCGAGUCGAACGAUGGACAGUUUGUGUGCAAGAUUUGCGACAAAGUAUUCUCCCACGUGGCCUCACUGCGGAAGCAUGCACUGGCCCAUACGGAGGAGAAACCGUUUCACUGCGAAAUUUGCGAUCGUUCGUUCAAUCGGGUCGACUAUCUGAAGGAACACUUUAAAUCGAAACGCCAUUUGCAGCUGGUGGCGGAAACGGCCGGGGGCACCGUUGAGAGGAACGUUGAGGAAGAGGAGGAUGAUUCCACGAUGGAUGAUAGUGGGCCACCGCCGGCUAUCGCUGUGAAGCGUCACAGCAACAAAUCGGGUACAAAUCGGGGGAAGCAGAAGAUUGACAAUAAGCUGAACACGCCCAAUACCGAUGAUGCUUGUGUAGCGGAGGUAUUUCCGCUAGCGGCCAGCAGCUGUGGAAACAGUCGGAGCAGCAACAGUAGCAGUAGCAGCAGCAGUUCCAGCAGUAGCAGUAGCAGUAACAGCAAUAGCAGCAGCAGCAGUAGUAGCGGCAGUGGUGACGCAACAGUACGACAAAGUCCGGGAACGAAAUCCAUUGCCAAUACCUCUUCAGCUGGUGCCGGCGAUGGUGAUGACGCUGGCCGCGAAAGUAAUGGGGGUUCCGUCGGCUCGACGCCAAGUGAAUUUCAUCGUUCCGAUUACGAGCGGACAAGCGACGGGCGCUACAAGUGCAACCAGUGUGAUAAAACGUUCGUUACGGCGGUCACACUCAAGAUGCACAUCCGGCUGCACACGGGCGAGAAACCGUACAAAUGUGACAAGUGCGACAAGGCGUUCAUUAGAUCGGACUAUUUGAAAACGCACGAAAAAACACACCGACAGCAGUCGUUCCUUAGUCUGCUAGCCUUAACUUCGAAGGAACCGAGUACGGCAUCGGAAGCUGGAGAGGAUUCCGAUGGUGAAGAAGACGGGCACGCUAAUGAUCGGAACGAAGUCAGUAGAUCAUCAACAGUGAUGAGCAAUGGACCACAGGAGGCUAUGGGAAAUAUGUCCAGUAUUUUGAAGGAUUCGAUGGUUGGGAAAGGUGUACCGAGUGUGGAGGACGACGACGAAGCGGAAGAAAACGAGUCAGGCGAAGAAGAGGAUGAAUCGGAGGACAGUGAAGAAGAGGAACAGGAGGUUAUCAAAGUAACGGUCAAGGAUGCAAGUUGCUCGGAGAGUGAAGAAGAUGACGACAAUGAUGAUAACGACGAUGACGAAAAUGAUAAUUUGGACGAGGAAGAGGGGGAAGAUGAGGAAGAAGAACUUGAUGGCGAUGACCACGGGGAAGAUCGGCGGCAGAAUAAUGGUGUCGACGGUGACAGCAGAAGUGCAAAUCGUGGGAGUGGACUAUCGUUGCUGCAGUCUAAGAAAGAAGGCACCAAGUUGGAGCAACAAAGUGAUCAUGGUUUCCAUAGCAACCACAGUCACCUCAGCGGUGGGGAAAGUAGUAACAACGGAUACGAUGAUCACGAGGACGAUAGUAUAUCACAAGCGAGCGGUGGUACGACGGGAGGCGGCUCUUCGUACGGCCAGUACCAUCAUCCUGACGAUCUUCUGGCGAAUGGUGGCGGAGUUUUGGGGGAUGGUGACCAAAAAGGCAAACACCGUUGCCCGAUGUGUGACAAACUGUUUGCGUGGCCAAAGUCGCUGAAAAUUCAUCUGCGAACGCAUACGGGCGAGAAGCCGUAUCGGUGCGACCUGUGUGGCAAGUGUUUCGGGCGGUCAGACAGCUUACGUGGCCACAAGCGAACGCAUGCCGACGAGCGGCUCGUUCAGUGCCAUUUGUGUGACGUGAGCUGUCCAAGUGCGACGGAAUUGGUGCAACAUCAGCUCCUGGUGCACAACAUUCAGCCGUUGGAGUGUUAGAAAACAAUACCAAUUCACAACGCAAUGCGGCGAGACACGGUGGUUCUGCUAAAUGAACUGAUCGCCUAGGAAAGCUUGAGCGGUGUUAUCGAUUUGGUUUGAACACUUUGUUUCGUUUAGUAUCGUUCUCCGAAACGGUGCCAACUGUUCGUACUCAAUUAUUCCACUCAAAUCGAC